GAAGACUACUCCAUUUUGCAUUUUCUUUAUUGACUGGUGAACUGAUAGUGACAGACAAUAUGCUGAAAGAAAUGUUUACAUUUUGUUGUUAAAAGUGAUUAGAAUGUAUUAUUAAUUAUAAAUUGUGAUUGUUUAUUAUUGAAGCUAGGAGUUUCAAUCCAUCCAAGGCUACAGCUAGAAUCUGAUCAUGAACCCUGACAUGGAUGACGAAUUGGAGAUAGAACUCUCCGAACUGAUAGUUCCCGGCGCCGAACGCAAAAACGGCUUCAAAACAUCACUGGAAUCAACCUAUUACAACACUCCCCAUCCCCGUCUCAAAAACCCCCCACCCAUUUGCAACUUCUGCAACAAAAAAUUCUGCAACCUAAACUACGUCAAGAAACACAUUGAACGGGUACACAACAAAACAGACAAACCUUUCAAGAAAUCUAAACUUGAGGAAGUAGAAGAGAAACCUAAACAAAAGUAUCUCAGAUGUGAGCAUUGCACCCAGAUUUUCAAUUCUAUCGCGUACCUCACGAAGCAUACGGCCAUUGAGCAUCAGAUCUAUGUUAACAAUGAUCCCAAAAAAGAAGAGGAACAUGAGAUUUAUAUGGAAAAUGAGAUUUAUGAUAAUAAUGGACCUGAACCAGUGGCAGAAGACGAUGAUGAUGAUAUGAGAGACUCUGAUGAUGUGGUUUUGUUGAUCUUGAACGACACCCAGGCUCCAAUAACGACAGGGGAUUCUGUUAAGAAAAUCUUGACCACUAACGAGACGAUUGUGGAGAGCAGUGGGGCAACUUUCACUAGAAUAGGGGAGGAAAAGUUCACUAGGGUUGGAGGGGAUAAGAUGGAAAGUUGUGAGAAAAGUUUCACUAGGAUUGGUGAGGGCGUUUCGUAUGGUGGAGGGGCUGGUACAACCUCGAAUGUUGAUGGAAAUUUGAGGAUAUCUUAUGAGAAAAACGAGGGAACAACGUCACGAGUUGAUGGGGGGAACUUGAGGAUAUCCUAUGAGAAUAACUGGGGAAAGGUUUCUGUUGUUAAUGAGGAAAACUUGAGGAUAUCCUAUGAGGAUAAUAGAGGGACAAGUGAGGCGAAAAAUGAUGAUGGAAAGUUGGAGAUCUCGUUUGAGAGUAACGGAGGAGCAGCUACCAGAAAUGAGGAUGGAAACUUGAGGAUCGGGUAUAAAAAUAAUGGAGGUAAUGAUAAGUUGAGGGUUGGGUUAUGUAAUAAUGAUAAGCUGGAAGAUGAAAAUGAGGAUGUAAAACUAAGAGUAUCCUAUAACGGAGAAGAGAAUGAUAGCAUCGGAACUAGAAGUAGAACCUUGCGCCGAGCGGUAAAAACGGAAGCCAUGGAGAAACGGCGGCAAUUUCAAAUCUUGGAAAAAACGCGACACGCCAAACGUCGGAAAAAACAUGAGAGAACUUUUUUCGAGGUUAAAAAGUUGGGUUCCCGGGGUCGUGCUCCCAACCCCAAGGUUAUGGAUGAGUUGAAGGUAAACAGUUUGGUGUGUAAAGAGUGCGAUAAACCUUUCACAAGCACGUUCAAUUUGAAACGUCACAUAAAAACACAUACUGAUACCACCUGUUAUAAGAAAAUAUCCAAGUGCUCGAUUUGUGAGGACACUAUGAGAACUGAUGACUUGAAAUCACAUUAUAAAUCGGCGCAUGACACGGAUUUCGAGGAGGAUGUAAUGUAUUUUGGGUCGAAAGAUGAGUUUUUACAGUGGAAGGAAAAUAUGGAGAGUGAGACGGUGGCCAAGUAUGUACAGAACCAAGCACCCAGAACUAACAAAGAUGGUUCGAAAGUCACCUAUUUCAUCUGCCACCGUAACGGCUUCUACAAACCGAAGGGAAAGAACAUCAGACGUAUGAAGUUGUACGGGAGUAAUAAGAUCGGUUCACACUGUCCGUCCGCCAUUGUUGUUAAGGAGACCAGCUACAAAAUUACGGCACGGUUUUAUAAGACACACAUUGGCCACUCUAUGGAUCUCAGUCGACUGUCGUUGAGCAACAAGGAGAAAAAGGAGAUUGCGCAGAAGAUUGCCGCCAAAGUUCCCCUGGAAGAUAUUUUGAACGAUAUUCGGGACUCCCUGUAUAACGAGCAUGUAAAGAGGAUACAUCUGACUACUAAAACAGAUCUACACAACUUGAUAGCUAAAUUCAAACUGAAUCGUAACGAAAUUAAGAAUGAUUCUGAGUAUAAAACGGUGGACUCCUGGGUGACAACACAUCUAUCUUCUAGUAUGAUAAGGUUGUACAAAAACCAGGGGGAUAUCUUGGAAGCUUUCCCACAACUAACUCAACAAGAUUUUUGUUUAAUUGUGGCCAACGAUGCUCAAAUCUCACUACUACACAAGUACGGGAACUAUGUUGUUUGUGUGGAUAAUACACAUGGGUUGGAUUCGUUUGGGUUUGAGAUGUUUUCGAUUCUGGUAGUAGAUGAACUGGGGGAAGGUAUACCUUGUGCGCUGAUGUUCACCACCCGUAAUGAUACCGCGAUUUUGCAGGUGUUUUAUCUAGUGAUUAGAUCGGCGUUAUCAGGGUUGAACUUGGAACCCUGUUAUUUUAUGUCGGAUCUAGAUGAGGCAUCUUACGCGGCAUGGUUGGGGGUGUUCCCCUGUAAAGAAACCCAACGAUUGUUUAGUAGCUGGCACAUCGAUGAAGCUUGGAGGACACAAAUAGAUAAGAUCAAAACUAAGGAGCCUAUAAUCAAGGCAAAUAUCUACAAACAGGCGAAGAUGUUAAUGAACGAGAAGAAUUUAAUGACGUUUGACAUGAUGGCCAGCAAUUUCCUGCAUGAACUGUUCGCCAACGAAGAAACCAGGAGUUUUGGGAGCUACAUGGAGGUUUUCAUAAACGAUCCCCAAACGUGGGCUUAUGCGCACCGCUUGUACAAAGGCAUAGACGCCAGUAUACAUCUGGAAAACAUGCACCGCAACUUGAAACAGAUUUUCUUCAAGGGGAAAAAGUUGAAGAGGCUGGAUCGAGGGAUACAGGCCAUCAUGAGGUUUGUGAAAGAGAAGAUGUUUGACAGGUUGGUUGCCACUGAAAAAGGGGAACUCUCUAAGAAGCUGUUGGAUAUUAAAGCUAGACACACCACCGCUGCGGAAAUCUCCACUAAUAUGACACCGUUCAUCAAACAGGAGGGGCCUGGUGAGUGGACGAUAUUAUCUAAGAAAAACUUGAAAGACUUGUAUACAGUUUCCUGGAGGAAGGACGGUUGUAGAUGUGGGUUACGAUGUGAAACGUGUGAGAUUUGUUUGCAUAGUUACAGUUGUACAUGCCCUGACGCCGCGUUCCAUUGGAACAUGUGUAAACACAUACAUUUGAUUGCUAUGGAAUUGAAAGAACAGGAGAGAAAUGAUGAGCAACAUCAGCAGGUUCACCAACAUGUUGAUCCACAAGUCAUGCAGCAUGUUGACAUGGAUGACAACAUUGUAACGGAUGACGUGUUCGAGAUGACACCAGACGUUACAACCGUCAUGAACAACACAAUCGUCACCCAAAGUGUCACAGUUACCCACCCAGGAACGGUCAUAGAAUCACAUCCGGUAACCGUUACUAUAUCCCACCACACUCCAGCUCCUCCUGAAAUAUCGAUCGAAACACAGAAAUCGGAACUGUUACUUAUGUUGCAGCAGUUACUGAAUGUAACUGAUACUCAGGAACGGGUGGAUACUUUCAGGAAGCAUCUGCAUUUGGUGGAGCAGUCCUAUAAUGAGGAACUGAUAACGCAUUCUCAGGAACAGUCACAGGUGAUUCCUGAAGAGAUCAAUAAGAAACUGUAUGUGCAUAAGUUGUAUUUGAGGAAUAAUGGGAACAAUAACCAGCAAGAGGACAAUAAUACGUGAAUUAGUUUCGAAAAAAAUGUUUAAAAAUGGUAAAAGUAAUGUGGAAAACUUAUGAAAAUAGAUGGGUGUUUUCAUGGAAGGGUGGAAAAUGAUUGAGAAUUCUGUGGGUAAUUUGUAGAAGAGGUGAUUUUUCAUAGAAAAUGUGAAAAUGCUUUGAUAUUUGUGGAAACCCAUGAUAAUUAAUUGUGUAAAUGAGGAAAAUACUUGGAUCUAUAUAUAAAGGGUAAAAAUAUGAUGGUGUAUUUUAUGGAAAACCCUUGUAAAAAUGUGGAAAAUCGAUGUUUUUUCUUAUAGAUCAAUCAUGUGUGGAAAAUACUUGGAUCUAUGUAUAAAGGGUAAAAAUAUGAUGGUGUAUUUUAUGGAAAACCCUUGUAAAAAUGUGGAAAAUCGAUGUUUUUUCUUAUAGAUCAAUCAUGUAAAUAUGGGCUUGCUCAACAGCAAUUAAUAGUAUUAGAGCACUGGGAAAGAUUCUAUUUAUUAUAUAUUAACUGGUUAAUUAUGAAGAUUAGGUACAGUGGUAAUUGAAGAUCUCAUGCUCUUUGAAAAGUGUAUCAAUCAUAAUAUAAUAUUAUAUUAUGGAUAAGUUGAAAAGUGUUCAUAUUGAAGUAUGAAGUAGAAAUUUAUAUCAAGAUAUAAAGAAGUGGAAGUAUUGAUUUUAAGAUUUUCAUUUCAAAAAAUGAUUGAAGCUUUGAAGUCUAUCCUGGAGGAGUUCAUCUAUGAUCCACAAAUUGACUGGAGAAGUUUUUUGAAGGAAUUACAAAAAUUUGGGAGAAAAUGGAAAAUGGAAAAAAAAUGUAAAAUGGUGAGGGAGAAAGAUGAUUCACGACAUGAAUGUCAGUUUUCUCUUUAAGAAGGAGAAAAUUGAUGGAACCUACUAUAGGAUAGAAGAAGACGGAAUUUCAAUGAAGGGCAUUAAUACCACCUCAAUUCUUCAGAUUAUCAGAGUUGUAUCCAUGGAAUGGAAAACUCAGCUGUCUUGAAAAAUGGAACAGAAAUGUCUAAAAAUUGAUUCAUGGAAUAGUCAUUGGUAGAUAGAUGCUUCAUCUGUUGGGGGAAUCAUGGAGUCAUAAAUGCCAGGACACUCAACAUACAAACUUCUCAACGCUUCAAAAUGAACAAAUCGUAUGAUAGUAGCAUAUUCUAGGCAUCCUAUAUGACAAUGUAAAUAAAGACUGACUACUUUUAAAUCAUAGUGAACUAUACUUUGAACCAAGGUGACGUUUAAAGUACUGUGUAAAUAGGGAAAAAUGCUAGUCUCAACCGGGAAUCGAACCCGGAUCCUGCUGCUUCAAUUAUGUGAGUGGAAAUACUCUUGAAAGUUCAAAUCAUAAAAAAACUGCUAUUGCAAAGAAAAGAGAAUGAAAAUAAGUUUCAAACAAAAAUACAAGAAGUCCUAUAUUCAAAUAUUCCUAUUAGUCUAAAUGUUAUAUCAUUUACUUUGUAUUAUAUUUUCUCGAUGCUAUGCUAUACUUCAUGUUGUCUAUUCAAAACAUGUGAAUCUGUUCUAUUUUCAAUGAAUAUAAUAAUAUUUUCUCAA